AUGAAACAAAGAACGACUGUACCCAUAUUAUCUGCGAAUAAAUCAUACAUUAGUUCAUCAUCAUCCAAUGAUUAUGCAUAUGUUAAUCGUAUUUAUUUAAAUCGUGUUUUUUCAUCACGUCUUCCAUUGAAAAGAGUUGAACCUGAAUCAUGGCAACGAUUUCUUAAUGGUAAUAAAUUAACAAUAAAAGAAAAUAAACCGAAUAUACAUACGAUCUUGAAUGAGAAUUAUAUUAAUUUAUUAAACGAAUAUUCGCCUUGCGAUGAAAACUUUCAGAAAUCUUCUUUUCUUCCAAUAUCAAUUCAAGAACAUCUUGAUCAUUUAUAUAAACAAAUGAAUGAUUUAACAUUAGAAUUAUCUAAUCAACAAUGUGAACAUAAACAAUUAGAACUAAAAACUAGGAAUAUCCUUUCUAAUCAAUUACAAGAUCGAGAAAAAGAAUUACAGGAAUGCUUACAACGUCAUUUAUUUGAUCAUGAAAAGAAAUUAAAAGAACAAGAAAGAAAAUAUAUCGAAUUAUUAAAUAAACAACAAAUGCAAAAUGUUCAGCGUGAAAAAGAAUUUAAAAAUAAACUUGAUUUUAUAAGAAAUACAUGUCAUACAUAUAAAAUAAGUCUCGAUAAAGAAAGUACUGAAAAAUAUCAACUUAAAUUAGCUCACGACAAAAAACGAACAAGAAAACACAAAUCAAAAAUUCAGAAUUAG